CGAAACUUGCGAACAAGAACCGUCUGACAGAUCCUCCGAGAUUGAUUUUACUCUGUGCGAACGAGGUAUCUGUCAUGUUGAUGGUCUGUUUCGAUACGCCGAGUAAAGGAUAGCUGUUGUGAGACGCCGGACAAUCACAUCACGCCUUUUUCGCGCUUCGUCCCUGUCUUGUCGGAUUUGAUGUUCCCAAGUCAGAACUUGGUUAUUCAUCAUGCCAGGCAUGCAGCUGCUUUCAAUCAUCCCACCCGACCUACGGCGUUUGUCGAAGCACCUCCACCGCCGCCGGAAUCAUCCGCGUUAGCCACCGAUGCGAUGCAGACGACGGCGACAACGGUACCGGCUACGGCGGCAACAUCUGAUCCUACGAACGCCGGUGCCUCUGCCGCGGGCGAUGACUACCCAGCGAUAAUUCUAUAUCCUACAGGACAACCGACGAUGAACAAUAUAGAUACGGUCCAAGUCACGUACGAUACGAUAUGGGAAAAUGCGAAUUUGACGUUAUUUUGUGGUGUUGAUGAGGCCGAGAAUAAAUGGGCUUUGGCAAAUAUACCGUUGCCAGAACCAAGUGGUACAUGUGUCAUUUCACCCAUACAAGCCGGGAUGGAAAUUUCUCAAUUUCCUGUCAGUUGCGGAAUGUUGAUCUAUGAUGAAUCGGAUAAAUCAGAAUCUACAACCGGAGGAGGUUUCGUCAUGACAAAGACGAACGGAGUUGCUUCGACCUUUGGGUUGAGUUUGACCACGACAGGAGCAGGAAAUCCACAAACGACGAACACAAAGAAAGGAGCAGCUGCAACAGGCAGUGCGACGAAUGCGUCGGAUAACAUCAGUAACAAAAGUGGUGGCGGCGGUGGUUCGCAAACGGUGACAACCUCUUUGUCAUCUUCGACAUCGACAAACACGGGAGUUUUGAGUGGUGCGGGUUCAGACCCAAACACAUCCUCCUCAUCGACCGGUUUGAGUUCUGGAACAAAAGCGGGCAUAGCAAUUGGAAUAAUUUUGGGUGCCAUUGCUUUGUUUGUUGCGGUUUUCUUCUUCUUUCGUUUACGCAAACGCAUCGACCGAGUUGAAAGGAACAUCACCGGAAAGGAAGGCGAGUCGACGACGGGAAAGGAGGUACCACCGGUGUCGGCAUCAUCAUCAUCACCACCACCACCCGUACCACCAACAAGUGAAAAACCUAUCCUACCUUCACCAAGAUUCACGGCGAGAUCGAAUUCGCCUGCCAUCUUUACUCCGGGUGGCGGCGGCACCAACCACAACACCAAAAAUUCAGAGGAUUGGAGACAAUUCUUUGGUAACGCCGCCACCGUAAGUGGUAGCAACCCACGUUCUCACACUUCUGCAUCCGCCUAGGCCAGAGUUCCUGGACCCCCGGAUUCCGGGGAUCGAUGCGACAUCACUACUACGAAGACAAAAGAAAUGGGAAAAAAGAGGGUGGAUUCUGGAAAAGAGAGAAAAGUGGGGACGCAAACGUCUACAUACGGAAACGGAAAUCCGAGUACAGAUACGGACACAGAAGACAAAGGACAAUCGAACAAACCCACAGACACACAAGUCUCUCUCGCUCUCAUGCACUCACUACCCUCUCGUUGAUAUUUCUUUGAGUUCGAAUCUUUUUUUGAAGCGAAUGGACGGGGCCAAUGAGUCUCGAACCCACGAAUGUACAUAUGAGUACGAGUAGUAGAUACCUCACCUAAUGCAUAAUGUGGUC